UCAAUAUGAAGUCAAUCUCAAGCACAACAUAUCACCCCUUUUUUGUCCACAUCAAACUCCAUUUCCACUUAAAAACUCCAACUGAUUAUCACAAAAAAAGAAUGAUGAAUGAGGCAUGUUUUCCCACACUAAAGCUUCCAUUUGCAGAGAUUCCCGAUUCAGCGGAGCAUCCAUCAACGCCGCCGUUCCAAGCGUCAGCCACCAUCCCCUUCAAAUGGGAAGAGCAGCCCGGGAAGCCCCGGCCCUGCUCCGACAUCAUAACCCGCCCCAAACCCGCCAAAUCAUUGGAGCUCCCGCCGUGUAUGGCCGACAAAUUCACGAAAACGCCCUCGCCCACCACCGUGCUCGACGGGCCCUACAGCGUCGGCCGCCCCAAAUUCUCGUCCUUCAGAUUCUUCAGAGACGGCCCCGAGGCCAGAGGGCUUUUUGGUAAAUUCAAGGGCGGUAAGACGGAGGCCGGUAGUUGCAGAUUCUCGCCCUCCACCUCCACGGUUAGUAGCUGCACCAACACUGAGGAUUUGUUUGCUAAUAAUAACUGUGGCCUCAAAAUCAACACAAACGGAACCGGAACCUUCUCCAACCUCUCUCCUCAUUUAUGGACUAGUUUUUGCCAUGGCAUAAAGCAAGUGAUGCACUGGAAAGGCAAGAAAUCAAAUAAAGAAGGCCGGCAUUCAAGGGUUGAUAACGUAUCAUGAAUCAUUUGCAGAAUUUUAUUACACCCCUUUGAACCAAAAACAGAGAAGAAAAAAGUUUGGAACUCUCUGUUUCGAACUAAUGUUCAUGCUUGUGAUGAUAUUGCUUUUCAUACCCUAUAUUACCACUGUAGCGAAGAAUAAUAGCAGUAUAAUUUAAAUGUUAA